CCAUCAAGAAUCGAGAUCAUUUUUGGUCGUGGGUCCUUUUCCAUCUUCAAUCUCUGCUGGUUGUUUACACACGGGUGUUAUUCUUCCAUAAACUGCAUAAAGCAGUUAGCAGUCAGCAGUAGCACACAAGAGGAGAGCUGAGCUGAGCUGAUCACUGACGCUACUUGAACUAACAAUGGAGAAAUGGAGGAUCUCACGGCAUAUCGUUAAGCGCUCCUCGACAAGUCUUUUUAAGUCUCUUCUAAGCACUAAUUUUGAGAAGUCAAUCAAUACGUCAGGUUCUACGUAUAAAUCGGGAAGAAAUUGCAAUCCAUAUGUUGAACAUUAUUUUCAAUGUCAAAAGCGUCAUUUCCAAACAUGCUGCCAUCCUUUAAGAGAUUACACGGGAAACCUCCAUGCUUCUAAAGCAACGAAUCUCGAACAUAUAUGCAGGAUCCAGUACAAGUCUUUUGGUUCGGUGGCAACACAGAUUCAGAGGAACCCAUCCUUUUCCACGCUAAAUUCUGAUGAUGUUGAUCAUUUUAAGAAGAUAUUAGGGGAGAAAAAUGUCAUUCAGGACGAAGACAGGCUGUUGACUGCAAAUGUAGAUUGGAUGGGAAAAUAUAAAGGCUCAAGUAAGCUUUUGCUGCAGCCUAGGAGCACCGAGGAGGUGUCUCAAAUUCUUAAAUAUUGUAAUACUAGAUGCUUGGCUGUUGUUCCACAAGGUGGUAAUACAGGUCUUGUAGGUGGAAGCGUGCCUGUUUUCGAUGAGGUAAUUAUCAACGUUGGUUCCAUGAAUCAUAUCAUUUCUUUUGAUGAGGUCAGCGGUAUACUGGUGUGUGAAGCAGGAUGCAUAUUGGAGAACCUGGACUCUUUCUUGGUUAACCAUGGGUUUAUGAUGCCACUUGACUUGGGUGCAAAGGGAAGUUGUCAAAUUGGGGGAAAUGUAUCAACUAAUGCUGGAGGUUUGCAUUUUGUACGUUAUGGAUCACUUCAUGGGAAUGUCUUAGGUCUUGAAGCUGUCCUAGCAAAUGGUACUGUGCUUGACAUGCUUGGGACUUUGCGCAAAGAUAAUACAGGCUAUGACUUGAAACAGCUAUUUAUAGGAAGUGAAGGAUCUUUAGGAAUUGCUACUAAGGUCUCAAUACUUACAUCUCCCAAGCCAUCCUCAAAAAAUCUAGCUUUUCUUGCUUGUAAAGAUUAUCUUAGCUGUCAGAAACUUCUACAGGAAGCAAAGAGAAAACUUGGAGAAAUUCUUUCCGCAUUUGAAUUUUUGGAUAGCCAAUCUAUGGAAUUGGUUUUGACUCACUUAGAAGGUGUUCGCAAUCCAUUACCUCCAUCAAUCUAUGAAUUUUAUGUUCUUAUUGAGACACGAGGCACUGACGAGUCAUAUGAUAAAGAGAAGCUUGAGGCAUUCCUACUUAGGUCCAUGGAAGGUGGUUUGAUAGCUGAUGGUGUUGUUGCACAAGACAUAAACCAAGCAUCCUCGUUUUGGCGUAUCCGGGAGGGUUUAUCAGAAGCAUUGGUGAAAGCAGGGGCUGUCUACAAGUAUGAUUUAUCAUUGCCCAUCGAAAAGAUGUACAGUAUUGUUGAGGAAAUGCGAUUACGACUUGGUCAGUCAGAAAAAGUAUUAGGAUAUGGCCACCUUGGAGAUGGUAACUUGCACCUGAAUAUCUCAAGACCUAAUUAUGAUGAUUCUGUUUUAGCAAAAAUUGAGCCCUUUGUCUAUGAAUGGACAUCUAAACACCGUGGAAGCAUCAGUGCAGAGCAUGGCCUAGGACUGAUGAAAGCUAAUGAAAUUCAUUACAGCAAGUCACCCCAAACUGUGCAAGUAAUGGCUUCGAUCAAGAAGUUACUGGACCCUAAUGGGAUUUUAAACCCUUACAAGGUUCUUCCACACAACAUCCUUUAUCCAGAGGCCUGAUGCCUGGAACUUGAUCCCUGAAACUGGUUACCCAACCAAAGAGCAACCACAAUAUCAUAGCAGAUGUAUACACAUAUGUUUCUGAUAGAUCAGUGUUUGUGGCUGACCUGGUUGUUCCAAAACAUGGGGAGGAUGCCGAGAAUGCUACGAGUAAAGUUCUUUUUGUUACACAAAAUUUGAGAAUAAAUGUUGUAAAUACUCAAGAGGAGGAAAACAUUUUCCUUCCAUCACUGAGUUGAAUUGUACUACAUUUGAAUGACUUGGAACCAAUCGCAAGUGGAUUUUUUCCUAAAAAGGAGUUUUCUCAUC